GCCUUGGUAUUUCAUAGCUUCAAAAGUUCAAAACUGAUCCAAUGAAAGGCGGUAAGCACAAUAAGGGUCACAAAGGGCUGCCACACGGUAAACGUCGGGCUGCCUUGGCCACCUCGCUAUUCCCAAACGUGAACAAUGGAGCUGCAUUCCUGUCGGCCUGGGAAGCGCGACAGCCAUGCUAUAUGGAAUCAUGCGCUUUGGCUGUUAGUUUGAAAGACAUCACAGCGGACAACAUAAUCACAUCUACAUGCGGUGCUGCAAAGGAGUGCGCUUAUGGGCGAGAUGUGGUCCACACACAAUCUCAAUCGCUUGCGAUGAGCAAACGCAUCUACGAAUGGCACGGAGACCUACACGGCUCAGUGAGUGACAUACGCCUGCAAGAACUCAUCUCACCAACCAAGGGGGCUGGUAAUAGCGUGCGUUUCCUGAGACAGGAGAUGCGGGCACCACUCAUCGCACUCGCAAAGGCUGUGGACACCUUCUGGAAGGGUGAGGGCGGAGUGAGUGUGUGUGUGGAUGUGGUCACACACGAUGCCCUGUUUGCGCCACCCUCGCUGUACUCCACGGAUACCCUCCUGAUACAGACAGAGGGCUCGUUGCAUGUGCAAUUGAUUGAUGUCGCAGACGAGUGGCUGGCCAUUGGUCAGCACUGUGCGUACAAAUCCCAUCGCCCUUGCAGCCAAUUCCCCACCCUCUUCACGACAGAAGGCACUAUUUUGGUGGAUGCUGAGGAGCCCAAAAUCGUCCAAGACUUGAUCCUAAACCCCGGCGAUGUCCUCUACGUGCCGCAACACUUAAUUGUGUUUGCAGACACUCAACACGAGGAGUGCGAUAUUAAGGAAGGUGUAUCCACGACAGCGUCAGUGGCACUACCGUCACAACCUGUAUGGUCCGAUGUAGUAGACGCAAGCGUUAUGGGUGCUUUGGAGGUUCUGGGACACGAUCCAGAUUCGCGGUUGUUCCCGAGGCGGAAAGUGACGGAUGUGGGACUUACGCUGACACAGAGCAUGGGCGAGGAGGGUACUGUGGCGAACAGCAUUGUCAAGGAAGUGCUCCAGACGGCUUUAGAACUGGCCAAUACCACGCUCAAGCAUAUGGAGUCGAGGUGUGCGUAUACGCAUACAGAUUUUGACAACAGUGACCGCUUCAAAAAAAUGGACAUACACGCACUGCUUGAGGAGAACGAUGGUAUCGUGAAGAUACCCAAUGUACUACCCAAGGAAAUGGCGGACAAGGUGCUGCAUACACUGCAGAAUAUCAGUGAGGCUGAAUGGCACCUGGCAGAGAAUGGCUCGGCCGACAAGAAUUACGCCACCGAGGUGUCGCACGCGUUCAUGUCCGCACGCUCCUUCCCGAAUAGUGACUUUGUGCUUGACAUGUUCCAUGAUCUGCUACCUCUAUCACCCGCGCUUUUCUCCGCCGGGAAGUAUACCAAAGGUCACUUCAUCGAAGCACACGACGACAGAGCUUACAAAGAGAUUGGAGGUGAAACCUACUCACGAGACAUCGCAUGCAUAUACUACCUGACGAAAGACUGGUCCGAAAAGGACGGUGGUGCGCUCCUGGAUAUGGAAAGCAAGAUAGCACAUAUCCCAGAGUUCAACUCUAUGAUCAUCUUUCAGGUGCCCCGGUGGCACGAAGUCCAGCCCAUGGUCUCUGAUCGAGAGAGAUUCUCGAUAUUUGGUUGGUUCUUAAAUCCCGGUAAGCAAUACCCUCUCACUGACGAUGUAGAACUUGAAGAACAACUGGACGGGGUACCGCUGCGUGCAACGAAGCGCAGCAGGCGUUCGGGCUGGAGCGUUGAGACACUAAAAACAUAAGGCAUAUUUGCGAAAGUAGACAACUAUGCACCGGCGUGCCCGGCCAUGCCAAAGUAUAUAAGCGUUGUACACAGAUAUGACGACUGGAGUUGAAUGCGUAUCUUACCGAGCGCCACCAGAAAGUUUUUCAAGGGUGAAGGAAGAGCGCAAACUUCACAUGUAAUGAAUAUAAAUUUCUACAACUGUCCAUGUUGUACAUGGACCUCCCAGAUAACCGAAGAUAACCCUCCCAGAUAACCGAGUACUAGGCGAAGUGGAUACUUGCCGCCCAUAAGCGCUGUAGCGUUUGUCUGGUCAUUAUUUGGAAUAGUUUAGAUUUGAAAUGCCUUGACUAUAGACCACCUGUAGAUUACUAAAAUCAAUUUGUUUUAUUUUACGCUAUACACUAAAUGUGACCUCGUUGUGAUCUCUGCACAGACUGAGUGUGUUCGCUGCAAUCCACACUAACCGCACAUCCUCAUCCAGCACCUUCUGGUCGCAAGCGGGUACCUAUAGACGGGUGUUAGGGUUAAUUAUGGAGAAAAAAAUCAAAGCCGAGACUAUUUCUGCUCCUCGAGAGGAGAGCAGUUGUUUUUAAAACAGAUCCACACAUUAAGAUGCUAUUUGUGUUGAAAAAAAAACAAGUUUACGACAACAUGUCAACAAUAAAAACCUUUCCGAGUAUGGCGACAUUGAUAUCCACAGGCAUUGUAAGUAGCAACUUUGAAAACCAGCAUUAAUACUUGCCCUGGAAAAUAC